AUGGAGUGGCAGAUCCCGACGAUCCGCGCGCUGAAGCGACAGCCGCAGGUUGACGAAGCGCAGCGCAUCCUCGAGAGGAUAGCAUCCUACGUGCUUCCGAUCAUGUCCAAGCGACAGUACCGCGUGCAGCAGCUCCUCGAGUUCUUCCCGAAGAAUGCCAACUUGCUCGGGAUGAACGUCAACCAUGGAUGGAAAAUCUACGUCCGCCUGCGUCCGGCGGCGCGGCCCACGAGCUUCCUGCCGUUCGAGGACCUUCUCGGGACGAUGCUCCACGAGCUGGUGCAUAUGAAGAUCGGACCGCACAACGCAGCCUUCUACAAGUUGUUGGACGAGCUGACGUCCGAGAUGGAAACCCUCAUGGCCCAAGGCCUCAUCGGUGGGCUUGCAUCACUGGCGCGCAGUUCCAAGACGCUGGCCAAGGACAUGUGCGUCGCCCUUUACAGCGUCCGUAAGUACAUCUGA